AUGAAUUUCUCUACAUUACGUAUCAAAGCAUCACCAAAUUCAAUGUUUAAGAUUAUUAAGAAGCUUAGUUUUGAGCAGAAGAAAUGUGUGAAAGAACUUGGAUUUAAAAGUUUAUUGAAGUUGGAAAUUGACGAUUUACCUUCAAGACUUAGCUAUUAUGUUGUUCAUAACUUUGAUUAUGAAAAGAUGAUACUAAAAGUUAUGAACAGUGAAAUUAAGGUAGAUAGUCAAAGUGUAAAUGAGAUGUUAGGAAUUCCAAUUGGAGAAAAAGAAGUGGAUCAGCUUCCAUUCCGAGCUAAAGAUGAUCAAUGUUAUAAUAGGUGGAUAAACCAAUUUGCUGAUAAAAAGAACAUCAGAUUUAAAGAUAUCGUGAAUGCAAUUAUUUCAACAAAAGAAGCCGAUUUCAAUUUCAAAUUGAGUUUCAUUGUGUUGUUUUGUAACACACUGGUUGAAGCUACAGGAAAAUAA